CCAGCGUUGAUGUGUCGCAGAUUUUAAAAAGUGAGGCAGGAGAGCGGCUGGAGUUUCUGAGCGAGGGGAGGCGCACAAGCUUAGCGGAAAAAAACUAGGACUCUCGGAGGGAACCGUGGAAAAACACUUAGCGCUCUGUUUUUUGUUUUUUUUUUAUUAUUAUUCGUCCGUCCUCCUUCUCCCCCCGUAACUACUUUAUUUCCGCACGUCGGGAAGUAAACAAGCAGGGAUCCAGUUGCGUCCUGUUUGGACCGUCGCGAUGGAGCUGUCAUCUAUUGGAGAGCAAGUGUUCGCUGUUGAGUCAAUUACAAAGAAGAGAAUUAGAAAGGGUAAUGUGGAGUAUCUACUGAAAUGGCAGGGAUGGCCCCCAGAGUACAGCACUUGGGAGCCGGAGGACAACAUUCUGGACCCGCUCUUGGUCCUGGCUUACGAAGAGAAUCAGGAGAAGCUCAGAUCUCUGAGCUUUCGAAAGAAAGGCCUCAGACCCAGGAAGCUGGUACUGCGGAACAUUUUCGGCAUGGACCUGCGGAGCGCCCACAAGGAUGACGAGAAGCCCCCGCCUCGCCUGCGCCUGUCCCUCACCAGAUCCAUGAGUACGGACGUGGAGCAGGCGUGCCGGCGCCGGGCCAGGAGGAGGAACAGACAGAGAGUGACCAAAGCCUUCCAAAAACACUCUUCCAACAAGCCAAUCCAUGAGCAGAAGAUGAAUGUGGAGCCGGUGGAGAAGGACUGGGGCGGCACCAGUGAGGAGGACAAGCCCGGAUGUGAGAGCACCACUGAGGAGAGAUGUGAAGACAGCUUGUAUGGUCAGUCAGAGUGCAGCUCUCCUCCGUUCUUAGAGGAACAGGACAUGGACACGGAGGUGGAGGAAAAGGUUGCCAGCCCGGACAUGUGGACAGAUGAAGCGGACGGAGGGAUCUUUGAAACCAGUCAGAGACACACAAAUUCACACGACGAAUCCRAGGACAACAYCUUGGURUCUGAGGCCAAACCAGAAGUCGUGGUUUCCCCAAGCGGSAGGUCAGACUGGGUGGAGGAGGAGGGCGUGGAAGCCUUCUCAGAGAGUCCAACCACGGAGGAAAAGAACGCAACCUCAGUGAUAGUGAGGGUCCAGGGAUGUGGCAAGAYGACGGGCGAUGCCGUGUCCGUCUGCUCUGACUCUGAGCCGAAGAAAGACGAAGCGAGAAGCGACAAUCAGAGCGUGAUUGUGACGGCGUCGGACCGCCCAAAAGUUCCCUACGAAGCGCCACGUCCCGGGAGAGUGAUCGUGACGAACGUGACUGUAAACUGCCUGACGGUGACUUUCAAAGAGGCGAGCUGCAGCGAGGGCUUCUUCAACGGCUGCUGAACCAAGAAAGGGGAACACGGAGACAGGGAUCAGCAUAACCAUAGUUAGACCUGCCGCUCAUGGUGAAGUAAAUACCGCAAGCAAAUAGUGUCUGUAAGGUCAUUCCACAUGAUUUUAUGAGUUCAGUAAGACAUCAUUGCCUUGGAAUAAAAGUGAGUGGUGAUUUUAUUAUUAUAGUGGCUCAUUUAUUAGGUGUGACAGGAAACAAUGCACUGCAGGCCAGCAGAUUAAGCCGAUCUCGGUGGCAGAGUUCAUUCUUACAGCAGCUCGGUUCACCCUACUGCAGGGAAGGGCAGCCGAAAACAACAGUUUACAGAACAACUCUGAUGCAGCUACCGUUCCAGUUGUCCUCAGUGCUUUCCAGCAGGAUGCAGGUUUUCACCAAAACCUGCUUCCAGUCGACUUUUUAAAAAAAAGAAAAAAGUAAAACGAUGUUUUUUUGUAAAUGUCGCUCACUAUCUCUCGCACAGAGCUACGCGCAUGCCCCCAUCAGUCUGUGCCACACACGCACGCGRCUGUCUGCCACGCUUUUGUCGGAGGGGUUUAUUUCUGUAACAAAGGAGAGAUCCAAACAAAGACGGCGGAUUAACGCCUCAGACGGAGCCGUGCAUCUAAAGGAGGGGUGGACGGACAAAAAGGAAACGCGCGGUCGUGUUUGCUGUCUCAUCGUCCUUUAACUUUCCAAGUAUGAAAUGCUGCCUGGGUCUAUUUUUGUAUUACCAAUUGAUAGUCAGCUCCUUUCACCGGCUUUUGUGUCAUCAAAAGAGGAGGUGUCGAUUCAAGAUGUUGCUUCCGAGCUCCGUAGGUAAUGUACAAAUGGAAGCAAAUGUACUUCUAAACUGUAGUGAGCUAUUAUUUAUUGCAUGUCACUUGUACAAACUGCACUAAUUUAUGUCUCUUGAUGUGUCUGAAUCUGUCUCUCUCUAACAAAGAUGGAUUAUCAAACAUGUCUUCUCUAUAUCACAAAAAGGUUUCUAUUUGACUGCAUUUUCAAUAAAUGUGUAUGAAAAUAA